GGUCGGGUAUGGCCUCCUUGUGGCCGAGCCGGGCGAUUUCAACAAGGAUGGACUGGUCGACUUUGUGUCGUGUGAAUACUCCACCUCUGGGGAUGAGCUUCGCAUGACCACGCAAGGGCCGCUGGGCAUCUGGUCGGCGUUGUUCAACGUCCGUCCGGCGCCGGCGCACACGGGCGAUAGGUGCCGCGCGAUGCGGGUCGGCGAUCUCAAUGGCGACUCGUAUCUCGACUUUGUGGUGGCGAACGAGUUCGUCUCAGGUUCGGGCACGGGUGCCCUCAAUGUAUACCUCAACGAGGCAUCAUCCGGCACAACGUUCACCUUUGCGCAGCAGCUGUUAGGCAUCCACAAGGUCGAACAGAUGUACCUCGCCGAUUUGAACGGCGACUCGUACCUCGACGUUGUGCUUUUUCGCACGACAAUGUCGUUCAUCUACACGGCGUUCAACUUGGGCCCGGCAUCGUACGCGUUCUCGGGCCUUUCGCCCAUUCUUGCCGUCUCGUCGGUGCGUGGCGGCGACGUCGGCGACUACGACGCGGACGGCGAUCUCGACAUUCUCUACUGUUCUUCCGGCGACUUUCGCGUCGUUGUCAACACGGGUGCCGGUGUGUGGGACGCGACGCAUCUUGACUUUCUCGGCCAGAAAGGCUCCGAGUUUUGCUCGUUUGUGGUUGCCAAAGGCACCGACGAGCUGGCCGUUGCUACCGCCAACUUUGGCGGAACGCCGUUCACUUUUGGGCCACCAGACUACGCCGUGGGUGUGACGGGCGGCGGGACCCUUCAUACUGGCCCGGACCCGGGCCAGUCGCAGCGGAAGGAUUUCAAUGUCGACGGCGUCGACGAUCUCGUGAUGGCGCCCCGCGGCUCCCUCGCCCAGCAGGUCGUUCUUGGGCGGGACUUUGGAGGCUUCUUCCCCCCGCUCACCUUCACCAAUUCCCUGCUGUAUGAUUCUGAGUGGGUUUCCACGGCUGACAUCGAUAACGACGGCCUCCCCGACUUUAUUGCCACCACGCAUGGCGGAUCAGGCGGUGCCGGCAUCCGCAUCGUGUCGCGCUCGCGCUGGACGCAAACCAUGGAUGGCCCAGUGGCUACACUCGGCGCUGCCGGUGGGCUUGGCAUCGAGACCCACCUCGUCGCGAUGGCCGCCGUUGACUUGGACAACGACGGCACGCCGGGCCUACUCACGCUUGCGCCGUCGGGCGAGGUCUACUUUCUGCCGGCCGCCAGCGCCACGCCGCGCCUCAUCGGCGCUUCGGCUGCUGUCGGCGCGGCGUCGGCUCUGGUCGUGGCCGAUUUCACGGCAGACGCUGCCCUCGACAUCGCCACAGGCUCGCUCGCCUCGGGCACGGCAUCCCUCUUUGUUGCUGCGGGCGACAACACGUUUUCAGUGGUGAGCGUAGCCACGCCGGAUGUGUCAAUCGUGUCACUGGCAGCGGCAUCGGUCAACGGCGACGCGCGCCCCGACCUCGUCAUCGCGUCGCCGUCCGCCAUCUACGUCCUCGCUCGCGCCGACGCCUCCUCGUUUGCCGCUCCCGUAACUGCCGUCACGGGCCUGACCGACGUCACAGCGCUUGCUGUGCUCUCACACCCCGCGUCGCACCCGCGCACCCCCGCCCUUGUGUACACCACGCUCUCCUCGCUCGCGGUGGCGCUGCCCAGUGCCGACAUGGCGUGGGGUGCGCCGACGGCCAUCGUGGCCCCAGCCGCUCACGGCGCGAACCGCCUUGUGGUGCGCGACCUCGAUGCCGAUGGCUACCCCGACGUGUUGUUUGUGGCCGACGCGCUCGUAUCGUACGUGCUCAGCACGAGCGCGCCGGGUACGUUUGGCGCUGUGCCGGGUACACCCGUGGCCUCGCUCGCGGGCCCGAUCACCGACGUGGCCGUGGUCUUCUCCAAGCCGGCAGCGUUUGGCGACGUGAUAGUGGCCACCGUCGAUAGCGUGCGGGCGUUCAUGACCGCCGAUUGCGGGGCGUCGUGGGAUGAGACGCUGGUUGCUGCGUAUCCCGAGCACGCGCGCAACGUCAGCGGGCUCGCCGUUUACGACGCCAACAGCGACGGGUACGCCGAUAUAGGCGUGUUUGCGGGUACUGACGGGUUUGUGUUCUACGCCUCGGUCCCGUCGUACAACACGCAUCCCUCCACCACCUUUUACGCGCUCGACCAUCCCGAGUGUGGGGGCGUGCCCGGUACCGUGGCGUGCUUGCGCGCAGCGCUGGCGCACUCUGGUGACGGAACUGUGACCACAUUCUGUGUCCCGCCGUCUGUGGGCACUUUCGUGCACUGUCCAUCGGCGGCGCUUGGGGACGUGGCGUUCCCUGUGACCCAGCGUCUCACGCUUGUGGACGCCACAAUCGACUGCACGAUUGCUGGCGGAUCCAGUGGAGCCUUGUUUGCGGUGUAUUCAUCGCUGACACUCCGCAACGUGACGAUUGUGGGGGCGUCGCCGCUGAGCCUGACGGGCGUGUGGGCAGCGGCGACGUUUACGGGCGGUGCGUGGCGAGCCAACGUGGCAUUGGCGGGCGGCGCGCUCGCUCGCUCCGGCAAUGGACCGGUCACUGUGAGUGGCACAGUGCUGGACGCCAACAGUGCGUCGCUGGGCGGCACGUUCUGUGCGACGGCCGCGCCCGUGAUCGAUCUGGAGUCGGCACUGUUGGUGGAGAGCGCGGAGUUCCCUGCGUCGACGCUCAUGGUGUCGGGCGCUCUCAUAACGUCCGCUGGAGCAUACGGCGGCAUUGCACAUAUUUGCAGCGUGGCGCUCGACGUCUCGGGUGUGGACAUGAGUUCGGCGACAACGUCAGCAUCGGGCGGCGGAGGGUACGUGUACGUGUGCGGCCCGGGGCUCACGCAGUACGGGCAUGUGACGCACCCGAGCGUGCUGCCGGUGUCGUCAGUGGCAACACCCGGCGGCUAUGGUGUCGUGGUUGCCGGCCCGCCGCAGAACGCAACGGUGGCCGGUCUGCCGACGUCGGCUAUCUCGGGCGUUCCCCUCGGCUUGGGCACGCUUACGCUUCGUGAUGCAUGGGGCGCCGUGGUGAGCAACCCGUUCAUUCGCAUCGGCGUUUCGCCGCUUUCGGCCACGGGCGACAUUGAGGUGUCGGGUAUGUCGCUCGGCGCGCUCUACGACGAGUCGCUUACUGGCUACUCGCUGGGUGCCAUCACGCUUGCUGUGGGUUCGUGGCCAGAGGACGUGGGUUCGAGUGCGACGUUGGCCAUUGUCGAGUUUGUGGACGCGGAGGUGGAGUAUGCGCGCGUGACGGUGGCGGUCGGGGCGUGUCCGCGCGACUAUGGGCGUACUUCUGCCUCUACGGCGCCGCUGGUGUGUGCCGAGUGUGGCCCGAACGGGUUCUCGACGGAGACGUCGACUGAGCCGUGCGGCAUCGUGCCCACAUGCCCGGACGGGUUUGUGGUCAUCGACGGCAAGUGCGUCACAUGCCCGGGUAACACGGUUCGUGUGGCCAACACGAGCGCCGAGAUGGGCACCGUGGCGCCGUGUGUGUGCGAGCGCGGUUUCUACUCGCCGACGGGUGCGGCCGACGUUGCGUGCGUAGCAUGCCCGCCCGGCGGCGUGUGCGCCGGCGGGACUGACGCACCCGUAGCGGCGCCCGAGUACUACCCGACGGGGCCGGCCCAGUUCUCCGAGUGUCCCAUCGAGCGCUCGUGCUUGGGCGGGCGCCAGUGUGCGCGCGAGUACGCUCCGGGUGAGUUUAUGUGCGUGGCGUGCGCUCAGAACCACUACCGCAAGCCGGACGGGACGUGCGACGCAUGUCCUGGAGCGUCGACGUCGCUCUUUGUCCUCUUCUGCCUCCUGGUGGUGGGCGCCGCUGUACUCUCGUUUGUGCUUGUGCUCGUCGCCAUCAUCCAGUUCCAGCGUGUCGGCGCGAGCGCGGGGCGAAAGAAGCUGCUGCCGCACUCGAUCGGUGUCGCCGUCACGUUUCUGCAGGUGCUCGCGGUGCUAGGUCGCGCGGCGUUCAAGUGGCCGACGCCACCGGUGCAGCAGGUGAUGGACUCCGUGGCGUUUGCCACGUUUGACCUCUCGCUCUUCUCGACCGACUGCACAGUGACGUCGUUCCCGAUGCGGUACGCGCUCUCUGUGGGCUUACCGACCGCGUUCUUCGCGCUCAUUGUGGCCCUCGUUGUGGGGUUCAAAACGUGCCGCUGCUCGUGCCGUGGCAAGAUCGACAUGACGCGCGUCUCGGUGCGUGCGCUCCUCUACCGCCUCAUCUUCUCGUUCGGCCCCAUUGUGUACCUCCCGCUCGCGCGUGCCACGCUACUCUUCUGGGACUGCACACAGCUGCCCGACGGGUCGUACCGCCUCGACUCGUCGCUCGACGAAGAAUGCUACGGGGCGAUGUGGCUGCAGCUCCUCCCGCUGGCGCUGACGGCGCUUGCCGUGUACGUGGUGGCGCUGCCGCUCUCGUUCGGCUUGGUGCUGUGGAAGAACCGGCACGAACUCGACAGCACCCGCGUGCAGCUUGCUUACGGCCCGUUGUUCACGGCGUACCGGCGCGCGCACUAUAUGCACGAAGUGGUGCGCCUCCUCAAGCGGCUGGCGGUGGUGUGCGUGGCGCUCUACGCGUCCAACCUCGAGCACCUGUUGUUUGCGGGUUUUUUUGCCAUCUUUCUCUCCUCGCUCGUAUAUCAGCUCUACAACGCCCCGUUUUUUGACCCACUCCACAACACGCUUGAGGCCAAGCUGGACGGGUCGAUUCUUGCGCUUUGCGCCGCCGGCGUGCUCUUCUGGUCGACGUCGGGACGGAGCAUUUCACAGGCCUCGUACAUCUCCCUCGUGGUGGCCACCCUCGCUGUGCUCUUUGGCACCAUCGUCGUCAUUGCGUACGCCGUGGUCUCGGAACUCAUGAAGCUGAGCUUCAAGCGGGCGCGCGGGUUGACUUCGACGGUGCAAGCGCACCCAACGCCCAGGCCACGGUGGUUCGCCGGUUUGUGGCAUCGCACGUCGCCGACAUCGACUCGCCGUCGCUGCGAGAUCGGUUGUACGCCGUAGUCGCAUGGUUUUCCACUCGAGGCGAGUGCGACGAUGACGAUGAUGUCGAUUUGGGAGCCGCCGACGUCACGUGGGUGCCUGGCCUUACAUCGUCGGACGCCAGCGCAGAUGCGAGUAGAUCGUCAUCGAGUGGAGCGACAAAGGCGUCGGUAUCGGCAUCUUUAUUGUCGGCAUCAUCGUCGAUGGGUUUGCCUGUUGACGACAUCGAGAGCGCCUCCAACUCGUCGCGCCACACCCUCGCCCGUCUCAAGCGCAACCAUCGGCCGUUCGGCCGGCGUAGCUCGCGGACCUCGAUCUCAUCGCGACGGGAAUGAGUAAACUCGACUUUACCAAUCGUC